UGGGGAAUGAUCAGAAGGAACUCUGAUUUGCUGUUGUACAAUAUGUGGAAAACAAUUGCAUGAGCAUACUUAAAAGCACCAUUCGUCCGCGGACCCGCACAGAUCGAAAACAUCCAACAUGGCUGCACUGAAGACAACGUUUUCUGCUGCUUUGAUUGUUUCGGCAAUUGCAACGGCGUCUGCGGCGGAUCAGUCAUGUAUACAAGUUACUUUCCCAAAUAUAUUCCACUUCGGCGAGUGCUUGGGGCAACCUCAGGACAUGUGCCAUAAUCCGGCGGAAAUCAUAACAGUCGCCGAGAAGAUCAUUCUUUGCGCCGUGAGUGGAAUAUCACACCUGGAUGUAGGAUGUAUUUCUUCUGGAAGGUGUUGUUACCGAAGUUUUCGAGCGAUUUGGUUUUGGUUCAUUGGUCGACAUGAUCUUCUCCCUAUGCAAGACUGUCGGUGGUGGCAUGAAGAUGAUUUCGAAGAUUGGUAACAGCAUUUUCGGUGGCAUAUUUGGAGAAAUCGUAGACACUGCCACCUCUAUGGUGCCACUUGGAGACUGCACUGGCCUGCACGUAGCCGGGGACAUCAUGUGCGGCCAGCCGGUAGUCUUCCAAUUUCCCAGCACACUUAACAUUGGAAAGUGCCUGAACACUACGAUGUCGGCAUGCGUUGGAACUCAUGCGAAUCAGGCUCUCGUGAUACAGCAGUUCUUCGAAGCAGUCACUUGCGUUUUUUCAGGCAUUAUUGUGGCUCCGGGGAACUCUAUGACAAGUGUCUUCUGCACUGUGGCCAAUGUCGUUAUUAACAUCCUCAGCAGUGGACCACUGAAAAUCGUGGGCUCUGUGAUGAGUGAGCUGGAGAACGCCAUCGGAAUGCAAUGUGAGAACGUUCGCCUCAUAAGAUUGCUUGCUCGUAGGGCUCGUGUGUGAGAAUUGAGCUAUC